AACAAAUGAAAAUUUUUGAUUGGUUGCAGAGGCGUUGACGUCAGGCGUAUAGCUUGCAUCUUCCUGCAGAUUCCUCUACCAGCAUGGCGUCCUCCUUUGGCAGGUUGAUCGUGACCGGGAUAAGGGGAGCGCUAUGGGGGAAGGUCCCUGCGUACCCGCUGCCUGCGGGCGCUCGCCUGCUCACCACGGACCCCGAUCCCUUCGAUACUGCCUCCCGGUAUAAAGAUCAGCCGUGGGAGUACCUCAGCAGCGAAGAGUACUUGCAACGUUACGGCAGCAAACCUGUCUGGGCGGAUUACAGGCGCAACCACAAAGGGCCCAUUCCGCCCCAGAAAACCCGCAAGAUGUGUAUUAGAGGUGGCAAGGCCUGUGGAAACCCGUGUCCGAUCUGUAGGGACCAGAAGCUUGGUCUGGACUACAGGAAUGUGAAGUUGCUGCAGCAGUUUAUAUGUCCGCACAGUGGAACAGUGUACGAUUCCACAAAAACAGGUGUGUGUAGGAAGCAGCAGAAGAUGCUUGUGAAAGCCGUUACAGAGGCGCAGGAUCAAGGUUUCCUUCCAGUAAUCACACCCCACAUCGACAUCUGCCAUCAAGACUUCGUUAAUACCCAUGGUGCAGUUACCCCCACUCCCCCGGCCCCAGCUGGCCCUUGGUACUCCUGGUACAAAUGGCAGGAACCACCAGCCAGGGAGAUGGCUCGGUUAAAGAAGCUGUACAAGCCGUACCUUAAAGAGAUGGUGGGACAGAAGUAAAGCGGCUGGGGGUGGAUGCUGUUCCAGAUACUGAAUAAACUGAUAUUUACAGACAAA